UAAAAACACAGCGAGAGUGGCAAUCAUCACGGCGGUAACGCUGACGGUGACAGCGACAGCGGCAGCAGCAGUAACACGGGGGGACGCCGCUGUCUCGCAGGGCGGCCCUGGGCGGGCGACGGGACCCCCCCGUCCCCUCCCCGGUCCCGCCCCCGCCCGCGCCGCACGUGAGCCGGGUGCGGAGCUGGCUGGCGGCGCGCGUGCCCCGCGGGCAGGAGCGGCGGCGGCGGGAGCGACGGCGGGAGCUGCGGGCGUGUGCGCAGGGAGCGCAGUGAAGGCGGGCAGGGGGGAGCGGCAGCGGCGGCGGAGGCACUUGGAGGAGGGGGACGAACUGCCGCACACUUUUGGCCACUGGACGGGAGAGGGGGGACGGAGGCUGCAUGUGCGCAGCGUCGCUCGCGGAUCUCCCGAGACUGAUCUCAGCAUCCCGCAGGCUCAGUAAAAAGCAGCGACGAAACAUCAGCCGCUGCCAGACAUGGAUGAAGGAAUCUCCCGCCUGCCGGAGAGGCAGCUACUGGAGCAUAGGGAUUUUAUAGGGCUGGACUACCCUGCCCUGUAUGUGUGCAAACCCAAAAGAGGAGUGAAGAGGGACGACAGCAAGGAAACGUACAAACUGCCACAUAGAUUGAUAGAAAAGAAGAGGCGAGACAGGAUUAACGAAUGCAUUGCUCAGCUGAAGGAUUUACUGCCCGAGCAUCUGAAACUAACGACGCUGGGACACCUGGAGAAAGCGGUGGUGCUGGAACUGACUUUGAAGCACUUGAAAGCGCUAACAGCCUUAACAGAGCAGCAGCACCAGAAGAUAAUUGCUUUGCAGAAUGGGGAGCGGUCCAUGAAGUCUCCGGUGCAGGCCGACCUGGACGCCUUCCACUCGGGCUUCCAGACGUGCGCGAAGGAAGUGCUGCAGUACCUCUCCCGCUUCGAGAGCUGGACCCCCCGCGAGCAGCGAUGCGCGCAGCUCCUCGGCCACCUGCACUCCAUCUCGUCGCAGUUCCUCUCCGGCCCUCAGCUCCUCUCCCCACCGCCGGGCCCCCUCAGCAAGGGAUCCUCCUCCUCUUCCUCCCCGCCCGCCCCCCCCUGCGCACCGGGCCACAAGCCGGAGGGCCAGGCUAACUGCGUGCCCGUCAUCCAGCGGACUCACGCCGCCGAGCUCAGCGCCGAGACCGACACGGACACGGACAGCGGCUACGGCGGGGAGGGCGAGGCGCGCCCCGAGCGCGGCCCCGCGGCGGCGGCUGGCGGAGCGCUGCCCGCCCUGGCCAUCAAGCAGGAGCCGUCGGGGGACGAGCUGCCCCCUGCGCCCAAGCGGCUGAAGCUGGAUCGCGGCGGGAGCCCCAUGCCCGGCCCGCCGGGGCUAGCGGCACGGGGAGCCGAGGCGGCGGCGGCGGCAGCGGCGGCGGCGCUGGUCAGACCCGACGCCGCCCUGCUGGGCUCGCUGAUGGCCCUGGGAGCGGGCGGCGGCGGGGGCCCCUUCGGACAGCCGCCGGCGGCCCCUUUCUGCCUGCCCUUCUACUUCAUCUCCCCCUCGGCCGCCGCCGCCUACAUGCAGCCCUUCCUGGAUAAAAGCAGUCUGGAGAAGUAUCUCUACCCCGCCGCCCCCAUCCCGCUCCUCUACCCGGGCAUCUCGGCCCAGACGGCCGCCGCCGCGGCAGCCGCCGCCGCCUCCUUUCCCUGCCUCUCCUCCGUGCUCGGCCCCGAGAAGACGGCGGCGGCCGCCACCGGGCUGCCCCCGACGCCCCACCUCCCGCACCCCUUCGCUGCCGCCGCCGAGCCCGGCGAGGAGCCCGAGCCCGCAGCUGCCGAGGAGCCCUGCGCCGAGGGCCCGUGAGACGCCCCGGGGGCUCCUCGCCGCCGCUGCCCUCCCCUCGGACUGAGGGGCCGUCGGGCCCGCACUUGCGCCCCCGGGUUCCUACGGAGGGCAGGGGUCGCCGGGGCCGGUGAUCGCCGAGAGCUGGCGGCCGCGGGAUGUCGCGCCUGGCCCGGGGGUGUUCCGCUGCCGGGGCGGCAGGUCCCGGAGCGGCCCCCGCAGAGGACCGUCGAGGAUAAAAUUUGUUACUCAGUAUUUUUUUAAUGUUUGGCUUUAUAAAUGCAUAAAUAAGGAUAACAAAAAAAAAAAAAAAAAAAAGAAGAAGAAGAAGAAGAAGAAGGAAGAAAACAUAGUAAGGAUCCGGUGGUUUUUUUGUUUUGUUUUUUGGUUUUUUUUCCUCUCUAUAUAUAUAGAGUAAUUAAAUGUGGCACCUUAUUUGGAGUGGGUUUACACAGUGUGUCCCUAAGUUCCACUUGGGAACUUGCACUUGUUGUCCAGGAGACCUGGAUGGGUUCAGGGUGAGGGCGGGGAACGAGGCGAGGGAGGAAGGGCAGAGCCCAGCACCUGUGCUAGCACUUUGUGGAGAGCUGGAGUGUGGAGGAUGCACCCUGAGCCCAAACCUGCAGUGCCUUGAGCACCCGGGGAUGCCGCUGGCUCCAGCAAGUUUUGGGUGUGCAAGGAAAGGAGGGUCAGACCCAUUACAUAACCUUGUGUUUAUUUCUUUUUUUUUUUAAUUUCUUUUUUGGCUAAGGUAUACAGGUGUGGCAAGUGCAUUUGUUCUCACCCCAUCUUUAUUUAAUUCAGUAUGUUCACAAGAGAUUUAUUUCCCCCCCAAAACCUUGCUGUAUAAAAUGAAUGUUACUGCACUGAACUACAAAAAGAAACCCCUUUCUCUUCCCCCAAGAAAACACAGAGCAGUUUGUCAGCCUGAACUCAUUUUGUCCUAAAUUCCGAGUGACACAAACUGGAGGCCAUAGAUAAACACCUUGCUGUGCAACCAGAAACAAUUAACCCAGUUGGGGUAAGUUUCCCAUAUGGGUUUUUCCCUCAUCCCGUGCUCAAAUACCGCGUUUUCCCUUUCUGGAGACAAACCAGACACCAGAUAAUCACACAGAUAAUAAGGCUUAAACUAAGACCUUGCCUAGAUAUUUUUAGUUUGUUGCCAAGGUAGCACUUUGAGAAAUCUCACUUGAAUGUUAUGUAAGAGGUGAGACACCACAGCCUGGCAAGGAGUGUGUGCGUGUCCGGAGUCCGUCAGUCCGUUUGGUGCAUCUGCUGCUGCUGUUGCUACUGUUUGCCUCAAACGCUGUGUUUAAACAACGUUACAAAAAAAAAAAAUCUUACUAGCCUACAGAGUGGCUGUAUGUAAAUAGUUGUUAAUACAUCCAAUUAAUGACGUCUGACAUGCUAUUUUUGUAGGGAGAAAAAUAUGUGUUAAUGAUAUUUUGAGUUAAAUAUCUUUUGGGAAGAUUUGCUAAAAAGUUGCACUUUUGUUACAAUGCUUAUGCUUGAUACAAGCUUAUGCUGUCUUAAAUUAUUUAAAAAAAUAAAUCCUGUCUGCAAGAAACCAGCUGUUUUAGAACAGUUUAAUAUGUGAUACAUUAGAAAUCAAUCUUUAUAUUCAGUAUUUUCCAGCGCUCCAUGAAUUCUAUUAUCUAAAUAUUUCCACACUAUUUUGUGAUUUAAAAAAUUCUUAAUAAGGAAUAAAAACUUUAAUAUACAAAA